AUGUCUGGGGUGUCCCAGUGUACAGCAGCUUGUUUCGAGUUAUGCUGUAGCAGUUGUGACAGAGCUGCUGUUCCUCUGGAAAUAGAGGGCAAGCAAAAUCUGGGAAACAUGUUUGGGGAAACUCAGACAUAUGGCAGCCUUAUGCAGGAUCCUCUUAGGUUAUUUACAGCUGCAGGAAAUAAAAAGGCAAAAUGGAGCCUGUCAGGUUAUGAUACUGCCAGCGGUUUGGUGUUUGCCUGGUGUUUUCUGGUUAUGGGCCAGCAAAGAGGAAAGACUGUUGGCAUUGGAGAAAGGAAUGCAUUGGAGAAUACACCCCAACAUUUCAUGGGGAAGGAGAAAAUGAACUACAACCGGUCUCAGUUAAACCCCGUUCCUUUUCUUCCCGCUAUCCAACAGAAAACAGAUAAUAGUGCAGCACAAAUAUCUGUCUAUACAAGCGUGGCAGAAUGCUUUAAGGGAAGCUGGGCCACUCACAAGUUAUUACACAAGAAAGCAAAAGAUGAAAAAGCUAAGCGUGAAGUUUCCUCUUGGACCCUGGAAGGUGAUGUUAACACAAAUCCCUGGUCUGGUUAUCGAUACACUGGUAAACUCAGGCCACACUAUCCACUGACGCCAACAAGACCUGUGCCAAGUUAUAUUCAGAGACCGGAUUAUGCUGAUCACCCACUAGGAAUGUCUGAAUCAGAACAGGCUUUAAAAGGAACAUCUCAAAUAAAAAUACUCUCAUCUGAGGAUAUAGAAGGGAUGCGAGUAGUGUGUAAGCUUGCUAGAGAAGUAUUGGACGUUGCUGCCAUGAUGGUGAAAGCAGGUGUAACUACUGAAGAAAUUGAUCACGCUGUCCAUUUAGCUUGUAUUGCAAGGAAUUGCUAUCCUUCCCCUCUGAAUUAUUAUAAUUUCCCCAAGUCGUGUUGUACAUCAGUGAAUGAAGUGAUUUGUCAUGGAAUUCCUGACAGGAGGCCAUUGCAGGAGGGAGAUAUUGUUAAUGUGGAUAUUACUGUCUAUCGUAAUGGCUACCAUGGAGAUCUGAAUGAGACAUUCUAUGUUGGAGAAGUUGAUGAGGGUGCAAGGAGGCUUGUCCAAACAACUUAUGAGUGCCUAAUGCAAGCCAUCGAUGCAGUAAAACCUGGUGUUCGGUACAGAGAACUGGGAAACAUUAUUCAGAAACAUGCUCAAGCAAAUGGAUUUUCGGUGGUUCGGAGCUACUGUGGGCAUGGAAUCCAUAAACUUUUCCAUACGGCUCCUAAUGUGCCGCAUUAUGCCAAAAAUAAGGCAGUUGGAGUUAUGAAGCCAGGUCAUGUAUUUACGAUUGAACCAAUGAUCUGUGAAGGUGGUUGGCAAGAUGAAACAUGGCCUGAUGGUUGGACUGCAGUAACAAGAGAUGGAAAACGAUCUGCCCAGUUUGAACACACGCUUCUGGUCACCGAUGCAGGCUGUGAGAUCUUGACCCGGCGGCUGGAUAGUAUUCGUCCCCAUUUCAUGUCCCAGUGAUAGUCUAGACUGAGCAGGUGGAUCUGAACGAUACUUUUUUUUUUUUUUCAGUCUCUGUACGAUGCAGUUUUUUAAGAGUACAGAAUAGAGAGAGUUCAUCAUUUACUUUGUUCUCAGUGAUUGUAGAUGAGAGGAAUAUCUUGAACCUGACCCAAUGUCUGGAAAAGCAGAGAAUAAUGUAAAGAAUUUCCUGCUUUCCUCCUACCUACAACACUCAUGCUAUAGUUUUCUUUUUUCUUCAAUUACCUCUUUAGCACCUUUCCUCCAAUUAGACCCACAAUUGCUUCUGUUGCUGCCAUGAUAUUAGCUAGAAAAGUGUGGGUAACUUUUCCCACUGGGACUUGAUAUUUUGGGAUCCAGGUUUUUUUCACCACUUCAGUGUGCCCUCUCACUCUUGGUAUGUGAGUGGCACCUGAGAUUUUAAGCAUUUCUAGUUCCAAAGACUUGCUCCUGCUUCUGCAGAUACUGUUCUAAUGGGCUGGGCCUUGUUUGUUUGUCAGUUGAGAAGGGGGCAGAAGAGAGAAAGAUAUGCAUGUUGCCAAGAAUAGGCUACCCUUACCUUUAAUUCUGUCCCCAUCUCUCUGCUGAUGGCCUCUGUGGUGAUUGCAACUGUAGGUGACACACUGUGUUAAUGGCAGGACUUGUUUCUCAUGCUGGAGAUUUGGUAGUAUGGGCUUCCUACAGGGAAAAUUAAUAAAUUCUGUCUUAUAUGCAGCUCCCAGGAAUAAGCUGCUUCUCGGCGAAGCAGUAUUUGCAGGCAGCUCCCAAAAGCUUGGUGAAGCUGAUGUAUCAGACUUAUCUAGGUAAAGGAAUGAAACGAGAACCAAAAAGAUCCCAUGAUUCAUGGGAUCCCCGCAUGUGUUAACUGCGGGGCAUUUUCUAAAGGUACAUCCACAGCAGCUGUGGGGGAUUGGAUUUGCAAGACUUACAGUGACAUGAGUAUGUAUCUCAAAACAAGUCUGAGUGUGAGAAAAUGAAACACCUUCAAUGCUGUAUUCAUUUUCUUUUGGUAACUGUCAAACAGGUCAUUUUUUCCUCCCUCAGUUAUGUGAGUUUCAUGCUUUUGGAAAGUCUUAGGGGGGCAGCUAUGAAAACAGAUCUUUCUUCCUCAGACUGGAUAUAGAGUGGGCAAUGUUAAUAUAUAUACCCCUUCAUUUUCUGUUCCUGCGUCAUGAUGAGCUGGAAACUGUCAUGUUAAGGAGUGUGGAUUGAUUAAGCCUCUCUCCCCUUUCUUUUCCCAUGCCCACUUCCUUUCCAUCAUCUUUGAUAUUUCUGCUGAGGGAAUUUAUUUUUUCUUCUGAAUUGUAAUGAAAAAUUUUUCAGACCCCGUUGCAGACCUAGUCUUAUACCACUGUAAUGCAAGAAAUAAUUAAACCAAUGCAGACAUUAAAUCAUACAAUCAUGGGCAUAAAAUACACCUUUUACAAGGUGUCUGGUGAAUUUGUUGCCAUGUUAGACCCAAGCAUAUGAGGUACUGCAUACCCUCAGCCCCCCUUGGCACUGCAGAAUUUAGGUGGGGGAAGGGGGUUAGCACUUCAUAGAACGGGACUCGUGUGUACUACCAAAUAUGAAAUUUGCCAGAAAAUGUCUUCUGUGCCCUGAGUGCCUCAGACCUCUGUUGCUGUAAGAGUAUCAUUGCGAUGUUUUCAUUACCUUUAUUAUUAUUUUUAAUUAUGCAGUAAAGUGACCUGAAAUGAUGAAUA